AUGUUCUCAAACGCCACGCAACAGCCACAGCCCAUUCAACGUCAUGACACCCCCCAUGGCACCAUCAAUGAAGCUUCCCCUUACCUGUUGAAUGGGCAUGGCAUUGACCAUGUUCCUUUGAACGGACACAACCAUGACAUCCAACCUUCUUUGAACGGCAACCCUACCAAUACACGCCCCAUUGCCAUCUGUGGCAUGGCGCUUCGUCUCCCAGGAGGAAUCAAAAACCCAGAAGCCUUCUGGGACGUGCUCAUCAACGGCAAAGACCUCCAGGCUCCAGUUCCACCAACUCGGUGGAACGCAGCCGGCUUCACCAACAAACUCGGCAGCCGUAGCUCCAUCGCAGCUCAGAAGGGUUACUUUCUCUCAGACGACCUGUCCACCCUCGACACCUCCUUCUUCACCAUGAGCAAGAGGGAGCUUGAGAGGUGUGAUCCACAGCAGCGAAAGCUUCUGGAGAUUACUCGUGAAGUUUUGGAGAGUGCCGGGGAGACUGAGUUUCGUGGUAAGCCCAUUGGGUGCUAUGUAGGCACGUUCGGUGAGGAUUGGCUUCAGAUGAGUGGUAAGGAGGACCAACACAUCGGGGGAUACCCUCUGGCCGCCUACGGUGACCUUAUCCUUGCCAACCGCAUCUCUUUUGAGUAUGACCUGAAAGGUCCAAGCAUGGUCAUCAAGACUGGCUGCUCGGCCUCCCUUGUCGGCUUACACGAGGCUUGCCGAGCCAUCCAAAGUGGGGACUGCUCCUCUGCCAUUGUUGCUGGCGCCAACCUGGUCAUGGGUCCUAUCCCCACGUCCGUCAUGGCUGGUGAGGGCAUGCUCUCGCCAGAUGGCUCUUGCAAGACGUUUGAUGCCUCUGCUAACGGGUAUGCCCGUGGUGAGGCCAUCAAUGCACUCUACAUCAAGCCCCUGGAUGACGCCAUUCGUGACAACAACCCGAUUAGGGCUGUUAUUCGGAACACUGCUACUAACAGCGAUGGAAAGAGUCAGGGCAUCCUGGCCCCUAACGGUGCAUCACAUGAAGCGCUCAUGCGCAAGGUCUACGGGGACAUUGGUCUAGACCCGGGCAAAACUGCAUUUGUCGAGUGCCAUGGGACUGGGACACCGACUGGUGACCCUAUCGAGGCCACUGCCGUCGGCAAUGUCUUUGGACAGCAUGGUGUCUACAUUGGAUCUGUCAAACCCAACACCGGUCAUGCUGAAGGAGCAUCGGGCAUCACCAGCAUCAUCAAGGCUGUCCUAGCUCUUGAGAACAACACCAUUCCUCCAAACAUCAAGUUCAACAACCCAAACCCCAAGAUCCCCUUUGACACCAAGAAGCUCAAGGUACCUACCGAGCCUGAGUCAUGGCCAGAAGGUCGGGACAAGAGAGUGAGCGUCAACUCUUUUGGCAUCGGAGGUUCCAAUGCCCAUGUUAUUCUUGAUGCACCUCCAAGCUUGUCCACUCAAACUGAGACAACCUCGAGCCCCAAGCUCAUCGUCAUGUCUGCAAACACGAGUGAAUCUCUGAAGCAGUACCUUUCGACCGCCCAAGACUACCUGGCACAACACCCACACAACGCUGCCGACAUGGCGUACACGCUGGCCCACCAUCGCCAAUCCUUCCCUCAUCGUGCAUUCAUGGUGGUCAAGGCAGACGGCUCGCUGGUCGAGACGUCCUCCCCCGCCAGGGCUCCAAGCUCAGCUCCUGGAGUUGUCAUGGUCUUCAACGGCCAGGGCGCUCAGUGGCCUGAGAUGGGAAAGCAGCUCUUCGAGACAGAUGCCUAUUUCAGAGAAGACGUGAUGAAGAUGAACGACAUCCUCAAGUCUUUGAUGCAUCCUCCCAGUUGGAACCUCCAAGAUGAGCUCUUUGCUCCUCGCGGCCACAGUCGGGUCCAUCAAGCUGAGCUCUCCCAACCUCUCUGUACAGCACUGCAAGCUGCGCUUGUCCGUCACUUGCAACGUGCUGGCAUUCACCCAUCGGGGGUCAUCGGUCACUCCAGUGGAGAGAUCGCGGCAGCAUACGCAGCUGGAGGUAUUUCCCUGGAAGAGGCCAUCAUCGCCGCCUACUAUCGAGGCUAUGUGACCAAGCUUCAGACCCUAAAGGGUGGCAUGGGCGCUGUUGGUCUGGGCGUGGAUGGCGUGUCAAAGUACAUCCAAGAUGGUAUCGUCAUCGCCUGUGACAACAGUCCUGAGAGUGUCACUUUAUCUGGCGAUGUGGAGGUGCUGGAUAAGGUGCUCGGCACCAUCAAGGCAGAGAACCCCGAUACUCUGACCAGGAGACUCAAGGUCGAGAUCGCCUACCAUUCAGAUCAUAUGAAGCCUUUGGCAACCCAGUACAAGGAUCUGAUGGAACCUGAACUGGCAAGGCGAGAUCUGAAGCGACCCGCUACCAUCGACGUCCCCUUCUUUUCGUCUGUCACAGGCAAGAUGAUUACUUCUGGUGACAGUCUGGGUCCGGAUUACUGGAUCUCCAACCUGACCUCGCGGGUUCGCUUUACUUCAGCUGUCAGCAAGGCUCUUAAAGAUCUCCCAAACAGUGUCUUUGUCGAGAUUGGCCCUCAUUCUACCCUCUCUGGACCACUCCGCCAAAUCUCGACUGCUGUUGGCGCAGACUAUCGUUACGUCUCUACCCUCAAACGCAGCGGCGACUCUUCUUACAACUUGCUGUCUACCUUUGGCCAUUUGCACCAGAAGGGAGUCCCCCUGGACUGGUCAGCCAUUGCCCCCAAAAGCAGAGCCUUGACCAACCUGCCCAGCUACGCCUGGGAUUAUAGCAGCGGUUCAUUCUGGUACGAGACUCGCUUGUCUAGAGAGUCGAGGUUCCGUGAGUUUGGCCACCAUCGUCUUCUAGGUCUUCGCAACCCGCACAGUUCGAGCUUAGAACCGGCUUGGCGCAACAACUUGACCCUUGAAGAUGAGCCUUGGUUGGGUGACCACAUGGUCGGAUCUGAUGUUGUCUUUCCGUUUGCUGGUUACAUCGCCAUGGCUGGCGAGGCUAUUCGUCAGACGACAGGCAUCUCAGAGGGCUAUCGAGUUCAAGAUGCCACGGCACGAUCUGCAAUGAUGUUGUCCGACCAACCCGUUGAAGUGGUGACAACUCUUCGGCCCGUCAACCUCUCCGACACAUCUGUGUUCAGAUGGUUUACCUUCACUAUUGUUUCUCACAAUGGCUCUUCCUGGACACUUCACUUUGAGGGCCAGGUCAAGGCAUGCAACGAGGCCUUGACUCCUUCUCUUACGCCGGCCACCAGUGCCCUUGUCCGUCCUGUUGCCUCAGCCGGUUGGUACGAUGCGCUGGAACACAUCGGCCUUGUGUACGGUCCCGAGUUCCAAGCACUCGAGGAAAUUGUAACCUCAGCUACGGAGAACCUGGCGGUUGCCAAGAUCAACAACAAGAGUCGACAAGGCGAUGAAGCCUUCCUCUUCCAUCCCGCCGCCAUGGAUAAUUGUCUUCAGCUGCUUCUUGCAGCUACAACAAGAGGUCUUGGCAGAAACUUUGGUCAGCUUCGUGUACCGACUAGUAUCGACGACUUGGUUGUCAGGCGCAGCUCUACUAGCAUGGAUGUCGUGGCCUCAGCUCAAUCCCUUGACAACCUUGCUGUCGAGGUUGUCACGGAUGGCAAAGUUUCACUUCGUCUAAACGGCUUGCAGCUGACGCCUGUCGAUGACGGACAAGACCAGCAACAAGAACGCCAUGCAGCUGCACGCCUUGAGUGGUUGCCGGACUUUGACCUAAUGAAUCACAAGACGCUCUUCAGUUCGACACGGUCAGACUUGAAGGAAGCGCGGAUGCAUGAGGAGAUGACCCUCCUCUGCAUCUUGGAAACCGCUGAGAAAGUUCGAAAUCUCGAGCCCGGUAACUGGCACUUCGAAAAGUUCCGGAAUUGGCUGAACAUGGAGAUCGAUCGUGCCAGACAAGGCACGUACCCCGUCGUCGAGCAGAGCAAGGACUUUGCUGAGAUGUCGUCCCCGCAACGUCGUGUCAUGAUCGACCAGUACUAUGAGACUCUAGUUCAGAGCACUACGAGGGCAUUCUUUGCCGUUGGUCUCAAAGCCAUCUACGACAACUGCGAGGGCAUCUUCACUGGUGAGGUCGAUGCUCUGGAAACUCUCAUGAAGGAUAAUGUGUUGGCUGAGAUCUACAACGCCGUCAGCUUCGGGAAAGGCGACUUCUUGAAGCUUUUGGCACAUUCAAGACCAGAUCUCCGCAUCCUCGAGGUCGGUGCCGGAACUGGCGGUACAACCGAGAUGAUCCUUCGCAACUUGGCCAGACCAGAUGGUCUCCCAGCGUACAGCGUCUACACUUUCAGCGACAUCUCAGCCGGGUUCUUCCCGCAAGCUCGAGAACGCUUCCAUUAUGCGCCCAACAUGGACUACCGUGCCUUUGAUAUCUCCAAGGACCCAUUCGAACAAGGCUUCAAAGCCAACACGUACGACGUCAUUCUUGCUCCGAAUGUCAUCCACGCUACUGAGUCCCUCAACAAGACCUUGUCCAACCUUCAGCCACUGCUACGCACAGGCGGCCUCUUGGUGCUGACCGAGCUCUGCGGUGUUGUGCGUACUCCCAACUAUGUCUUUGGGAACUUCUCAGGAUGGUGGCUCGGUGAGGCUGAUGGAAGAGAGUGGGAGCCGUAUGUCAGUGUUGAGAGAUGGGACCACGAGCUCAAGUCGGCUGGUUUCUCUGGAGUUGACACUGCUGUGCUCGACGCUGAAGAACCUUUCAACUAUGGUGCUGCUGUUGUCAGUACCAAGGUGGAGAAUGGCAAGAACCCGAAGGCUUUUGUGAACACCAGCAGCGUGUCCAUCAUCACGACGGAGCCUGAGAGCGUUCUAGCCAGGAAGUUGACGGCAGAGCUCAAUGAGUGUGGCAUGCCCACCAGCAUGCAUAGCUUACCUGAAGCUGCCACCCUGUCACCGGACGCCGAUAUCAUCUCCCUGGUCGACCUCGAGAUCGACUUCUUUCAAAACACCAGCCAACAGCAGUUCAAAGACUUUCAGGACUUCUUGAACAGUCACAAGACGGGACGGGUCCUGUGGCUGACCAAGCCAGCUCAGGCCAACUGUCAAGAUCCACAAUCAUCCCUUUCCAUUGGCCUCGCACGUUGUAUCCGUGCCGAGUCUCAGAUCCCAUUCCACACCCUCGAGAUCCAACCUGAUGAGUCUUGUUUUGCCGGACUGGUGGCCAAGGUUCUGAAUAAGAUCCGGCGGACAGUUGACGAUGGGCUGCUGUCUCCAGACAGGGAGUACAUCGUUGACGAGGGACUUGUCAAGAUCGGCCGUUAUCAGCCACUGCUCGUUGGCCAAGAGCUCAAAGAGUCGAGCUCAGCUGCUGCUAUUGACACAAGUGAUGAUGUUAAGGAGCUCUUUGUUUCGAAGCGCAAGCUAGCUUGGGCAAAUGAAACUCAACCGGAGCUAGGAGAGAACGAGGUCGUUGUCGACACACACACCGUGGCACUCAGCGCCGGUGCUGAUAGUGCAGUCUUCAAAAUGGAGGAGGAUGCGUCUCUCAGCCAUGAUCUUCUCCAAGUGGCUGGUAUGGUGUCAGCUGUUGGCCCGAACGUUGAAGGUCUGGCUGUUGGCGACCGUGUCCUUGCUACAGCGACAGACUGCUCCAUCAAGACCAAGAUGACUUGCCUCGAAUCUCUGGCUCAGAAGAUUCCACAAAGUCUGGACUUUGAGGAUGCUGUAGCGAUGGCGAUUCCUUUCACCACCGCUCAUGAGAGCCUCAUCAACGUUGGGCAACUCCAGAAAGGCCAGUCUGUCUUGAUUCAUCCUGCAGCCACUGCCAUCGGUCAAGCCGCCAUCCAGAUCGCCAAGUUCAUCGGCGCCAAGAUAUAUGCUACAGCGGCCAGCCAAGAAGAGGCAGAGAUCCUCGAUGAGGCCUACGGGAUUGAUGUCGGUCACAUUUUUACCUGCCAUGAAGAUUCUCUUGCCGCUACUCUCAAGCGUGAAACCAGCAACUGCGGCGUUGAUCUUGUCCUCCACUCAGUCCCCGGUGUCUCCAGCCAAGCUUUGAGGGACUGUGUUGCCGAUUUCGGCAAAAUGAUCGACCUUGGGAAGACAGACAGCCUUGGCCGAGAACCUCUCACCAUGAGGAGAUUCUUGAAGGUCAGAUAUUGCCAUGGCGUCAACAUGGCCCAGUUGACUCGGAUAAGACCCCAGCGGAUGGCAGAGCUUAUCAGAAAGAGCAUCCAGCUUUUCGAAGACGGCCUGAUCGAACCCAUCGGCUCUGCCGUGUUUGAGGCAGUUGACAUUGAGAAGGCCUUCCGGCAACUCAGAGACGAGCACGUUGACAACGUCGUGGUGAGGAUCCCUACAGAUGCCUCAACUCUCUCUACAACACCGCGCUACACCAAGCUAAGAAUGAGGAGCGACGCUUCCUACCUCCUUACAGGCGGUAUGGGAGGCCUUGGAGUGGGCAUCUCAAGAUGGCUUGUUGAGCGCGGAGCAAGAUCUCUGGUCUUCCUCUCCCGCAGUGCAGGCCAAAAGCCCAAAGACGAAGCGUUCAUCAGAGAGCUCGAGUCGUGCGGGUGCUCGGUAGUGACAGUGGCCGGUCAAGCUCAGUCGAUGGAAGACGUGCAGAGAGCCAUCUCGCUCGCACCACAUCCCAUCAGGGGCGUGGUUCAUCUUGCCAUGGUUCUUCGCGACAAUCCCAUUGCCACCAUGUCAUAUGAGGAUUGGACAACAACCACCGCCCCAAAGAUACAGGGAGCGUGGAACCUGCAUGAGUGCCUCAAAGCCCACGACCUUGACUUCAUGGUCAUGGCGAGCUCCAUCAACACCAUCGUCGAAAGUCCAGGUCAGGGCAACUACUCGGCAGCCAACACGUUCCUCGAGGCAUUCACCCAGUAUCGACGGUCGCUCUCCCUUCCGGCGUCUGUACUGAACAUCUGUGCCAUCGAGGAUGUGGGAUAUGUGGCUGAAAACGCCUUUGCCAAGAAGAACAUCAAGUCUCAAGGCCUGUACAGCCUACGAGAGAAGGAACUGCUGGACUUUUUCGAGCUUGCCAUCAGACUAUCACCAGCCUCCACCACUACACCUGACUCAUCGUCGAGGCUAGUGGAGGAAACCGAGGUUGACCAUCACGCCAAAUUGACACAGCAUCAUCCAUGGAGCAGCAAGGGGCAAGUCGUCAUGGGUCUGCGAUCUGAGAGCGAUCUCAACGACACCAACACGCGAACCAACUGGCGGCGAGAUCGUCGAAUGGGCUUCUACCACAACUACAACAGGACCAAGACCACAGACCAGGACGAGUCUUCCAACAAGCUUGCCGAAUUUCUCUCCAGCGCUGCAGACAGCCCCAAUAUUCUCGAUGAAGCAGCCACUUCCGCCUUCUUGGCUCGAGAAAUCGGCAACAAGGUGUUCAAUCUCAUCCUCAAGGACGCUGAGAACCUGGACACGAGCUUGACACUUCAGCAGGUUGGCCUUGAUUCGCUCAUGGCUAUUGAGCUACGUCGCUGGUGGAAGCUUGCUUUUGGCCUGGAGAUUAGUGUGUUGGAGCUCAUGGCUACCGGAACUAUGGAAGCGCUUGGGACCGUUGCUGCCAAGGGACUGAAGGGGAGAUUGACUUCAAGUGGUUAG